UAAAAUAAUCUUUUUGGUCGGUAUAUUCGUAUGCGCGAAGCCAGAGUGACACGUGAGUGUGUGUAUAUGAGUGCAUGGGUUUUGGUUUUUCAAAUAAAGCACGAUGAUCCAGCAGCAGGAGGUACUUUCCAAAGCGGAGGAUAUUGCGGAUCAGGUAAUCCGCAAUGGGAAGUACAUAUUGCCGACGAUGGCGAGGGUGUGUUUGAUAGCGACAUUUUUAGAGGAUGGAUUAAGAAUGUGGUUUCAAUGGAAUGAACAGAGGGAAUAUAUGGAUAUGUCAUGGGGUUGUGGGAAAUUUCUUGCGACAAUAUUUGUCCUGGUGAAUUUAAUUGGUCAAUUAGGUGGUUGUGUUAUGGUUAUUGGACGUUUUAAAGUGAGCAUCGCUUGUGGCGUACUUUUCUUUAUUGUUGUCCUACAAACAUUCGCCUACAGCAUCCUUUGGGACAUGCAUUUUCUAUUUAGAAAUUUAGCACUUAUUGGUGCAUUACUAUUGGUUUUAGCUGAAUCACGUGAAGAGGGAAGAUCAUUAUUUGCCGGCGUUCCAACACUCGGUGAAAAUAAGCCGAAAAAUUUUCUACAACUCGCUGGGAGAAUUCUUUUGGCAUUUAUGUUUAUAACAUUAUUACGUUUUGAAAUUGCAUUCAUGCAAAUCUUCCUGGAUAUUGUUGGCAGUAUCCUUAUGUUAUUAGUUUGUAUUGGAUAUAAGACGAAGCUCAGUGCAUUAUUACUCGUUUUACUAUUGUCUUGCCUCAACUUUUAUCAUAAUGCAUGGUGGACAAUUCCUGACUAUAAACCACUAAGAGAUUUUCUCAAAUAUGACUUCUUCCAGACUCUAUCAGUAGUUGGAGGUUUGUUAAUGAUCGUAUCAUUAGGACCAGGAGGUGUAUCAAUGGACGAACAUAAAAAGAAAUACUAAAUUAAUGAAAAGAAGAAAAAUCAUCAUUAAAUCACUUUCAUCUGUAAAUUCAAAAAAAAUAUUUUCGUCCAAUUCAAAAUGCUUGUGGGGCAGCAUUGAAAAAUCAUUUCAUGUGAUUGAACGCAACAAAUGUUGCGCAUAAGUACGUUAAUUUAGAUUAUAUUUUUUAGUGAAGUGAAUGAAAAACACGGGCGAAAAAAUUGCUCGGUAAAAAAUACUGAUACGUAGUGUUUUUUAAUUGAACACUACCGAUUCGGUUAUAAAAUUCUCAACAAUCGUCAGACAUAUGACUUUGUUAAGAAAAAACAAAAAAAGAAAAUGCCUUAAGAAGUACAGCAUUUUAAGACAUAUUUACAGAAAAAAAAUUACAAAGCAACAUACGAAGACUAAUUUAUACUAUAUUAUGAAAUAAUUCGCAUUGUACAUAUGGGCAGUACUUUUAUUACAAACAAAAAAUAUAUAUUUUUUUCGGUGUUUUUUAAUUUCUUGUACACUUUUUUUUUUAGCUUUUUUUAGUUUCUGUGCUUUAUUUUCUUAGUUUGUAUUAUUAUUAUUGUUUUUUUAAUUUUAUUUUCCUAUGAAACAAAUCAAAUUCUUCCGUAAAAGUUAAUUCUCACUUUUUACUAUUAUAUUACCUUUUACAUGAUAAUUUCAAAAAAAUAGUUUAUAAUUAAUAUCGUUGAAGUGACUGUAAAUAAAUGUUCGAUUUCAACUUUGAA